UUGCGAGUUGAAGUGCGAGCUGCUGACAGUUUCUCUCCCAGCUUUCUUCCUCUUUCCGAGCCAAACCUCUAACCCAAGAUUCCGACCAUGUCGUCCAAGCAGGGUGGCAAAUUGAAGCCUUUGAAGCAACCCAAAUCUGAUAAGAAAGAAUACGACGAGCGUGAUUUAGCUAAUUUGCAGAAAAAGAAGGAAGAGGAAAAGGCACUUAGCUAAGGGCAAAAGCAUCAAAAAAGGGUUCGUUUGGAGGGGCUGGUCUGAAGAAGAGUGGGAAGAAAUGAGCCUUUGAACUCCUGUUGUGGCUAGAAUCGUGUGUUCAGGUUACAAAUUCUAUCAUGGUGACAUCUUAUGUUUUAGUUUGAUGUUAUAAGACAUCGUUUGGGUUAUCGUGUGGUCUAGUUCAAUGCCUGACUUUGCUACAGAGCUUUAAGUCAAAUGUUGUUGUGUGAAACUCAAUAAAAUUUGUUUUUGUGC